AAAAGAGUGCUUCGUAUUCUCGAGUGACACUUUUCAAGCCGUUAGUAAAUCGGAAACAUUUGAAUUGGUGAAACCACGGGAACCAAAUGCGCGGGUGACGAUGGCGAUGUUGCCCCAUCAUCGCGCUGUUGCUAUCAUCAGCUCGGCUCCAUGAAAAACAGCUGUUCGGGCUUUCCACCUGAUAUUGCGACAGGUGUCCAAAGAGUAAACAUUGGCUGAACUUUGCAGCGGGCGGACGGAAAAUGCGGCCUCUCCAGCGUGUGCAGCAGCUGCUGAGCUUGGGAAGACGGAUUCGAGGCAAAAGAGCACUUCAUGGCCAACGGGAAGCGAGUGUCCAGAAGAGCGGUCUUCCCGUAUUGCGAUUUAGUCUUCUGGCAGCCGGCGCAGGCGGUCUGGCCUACGAUGGGAUAGUGAAUGACUUCACCUACUGUGGCGCCUCCGUGCGGUUUGUACGGUCCUUGAAAACAGCCGGAUUGAUAGCCGCCGACUAUCUCCGGCUGGACGAUGACGAUCCGGAAUACGAAAAGAAGGUGAAGCUGCUCCACAAGAAGAGCGCCGAACGACUACUGGAGACGUGCCUGCUCAACGGCGGCCUGUACAUAAAGGUGGGCCAAGGAUUCGCUGCCAUUAAUCACAUUCUGCCCGUGGAAUACACCAGCACGCUGUCCCUGCUGCAGGAUAGCUGCCUGCCAACCACCCAGGCGGAUGUCCAGAAGGUCUUUCGCAAGGAUUUUGGCCAGUUGCCCGAGGAGAUAUACCAGGAGUUCGACUAUCAGCCCGUGGCGGCCGCAAGCUUGGCGCAGGUUUUCAAAGCCAAGUUGCCCAGCGGCGAGCAGGUGGCCGUCAAGGUGCAGUACAACGAUCUGCAGAAGCGAUUCAUCAGCGAUCUAGGCACCAUCAUCUUCCUGCAGGACAUUGUCGAGUUCUUCUUCAAGGACUACAACUUUGGCUGGAUCUUGAAUGACCUGCGUAAGAACCUGGUACUGGAGUUGAACUUUUUGCAAGAGGGACAAAAUGCCGAACGCUGCGCCAAGGACAUGAAAAAGUUUAACUAUAUCCACGUUCCCAAGGUCCAUUGGUCGCAUACUAAAACUCGCGUGCUCACUCUUGAGUGGAUGGAUGGAUGUAAGAUCAGCGAUCUUAAGACGAUUGAAAAAGAAAAACUCAGCCUAAAGGACAUCGAUGUGAAGCUCUUUGAGGCAUUUGCAGAACAGAUUUUUUACACUGGCUUCGUGCACGCCGAUCCCCAUCCAGGAAAUAUUUUUGUGCGAAGAAAUAGAAAAAACGGCCGUGCGGACAUCAUCUUGCUAGAUCAUGGCCUUUACGAAGAACUGCCUGAAAAUGUGCGAGGUCCACUUUGCGAAUUCUGGGAGGCCACCGUUCUACGGGACGAGAAUAAGAUGCAGGCGGCCGCCGAGAGGAUCGGCAUCGGCGACUACAUGCGCUUUGCCGAAGUGCUCUUCCAGCAGCCCAUCCGGAAUCGAGGUGGGCGCAUACGGGGCAAACUAACGCAGGAGGACAUCGACCACAUGCAGGAGAUAGCCAGGAACAACUUCGAGCAUAUCAUGGGCACCCUGAAGGAGAUGCCCAGGAGCAUGCUGUUCGUGGUGCGUAAUCUGAACACAGUGCGUGCAAUUAGUCAUCAGCAUGGAGAUGUGGUGAAUCGUCCUCGGGUCAUGGCGCGAUAUGCCCAGAAGUGCCUUUAUAUGCAGCACAAUAGGAGGUCCCCCGUGCAAUAUAUCCAUUGGCUGAGUCGGCGCAUCUUCUUCGAGUACUGUCUGUUUCUGUCGGCCUUCAAGCUGUAUCUGCUCGACUGGUACUUCAACAUCCUGUACCUAGUGGGUCGGGCUCCUGCCUCUGCGAGAACCGUGAUGCGAGAGAUAAUGCAGCCUCCGGAGCCGGGUGUGUUGAAAUAAGUGCACUAACCGUUUGCUUUAUGCCUACAUCAUAAGUUCAAAAUGUACUUUUUCAAAUGUUGUAUACAUAUUUUUAUUCCACUAACUUGUUCUCAGAAAUAUUUAACCUUGUGUUCAACUCGAAAAGCCCUUCGAACCAUGACAAUAUGAAUGCAGUUGUUAUAUAAUAGAGAAUGAGUUGGGGAGUAUAUGUAGUUUUAUAGUGUGAUGAGCGAAGUAUUUAUGCCUUUUUGAUGCUUUACUUUUAAUUGCCCAUUAAGGUGCAGGAUUUCUGAAUAAAUUUUCUAAGCACUUGUAA